CUCUCCACACCGCAGCAUCUUCCAAACCCGACCUCCAAUCAGCAACAGCAGCAGCUUCCAUGGCGCCCAAGGCUGCUGAGAAGAAGCCGGUGGAGAAGACCCCGGCGGGCAAGAAGCCCAAGGCGGAGAAGAAGGUGCCGGCGUCCAAGGAGGCCGGAGGCGAGAAGAAGGGCAAGAAGAAGUCCAAGAAGAGCGUGGAGACGUACAAGAUCUACAUCUUCAAGGUGCUCAAGCAGGUUCACCCGGACAUCGGCAUCUCCUCCAAGGCCAUGUCCAUCAUGAACUCCUUCAUCAACGACAUCUUCGAGAAGCUCGCCGGCGAGUCCGCCAAGCUCGCCAGGUACAACAAGAAGCCCACCAUCACGUCCCGGGAGAUCCAGACCUCCGUCCGCCUCGUCCUCCCCGGCGAGCUCGCCAAGCACGCCGUCUCCGAGGGCACCAAGGCCGUCACCAAGUUCACCUCGUCCUAGGCGUCUUCCUUGCAUCGCAUGGACGAAUUGAUGGUGGCAUUCUGUAUGUAGUUAGCGGUACGAUGUUACAACCUUUGUAAGAAUUGUGCUGUUUGCGGGUCUGAAGAAAUAGUGAUGUUGCCGUCUGAAUCGAUGUUCAUCUCUGCCUUUCAGCAUGUUUUCCUGGCUUUUUGUUUACUGUGAUGCUCUUUGAAGAUAGAUUGUAAGUCUGCAGAUAGAAACCUCUAGUUUAAAUUCUACACUGUUUGAAGUUUGAAA